UCGCGAUGUUAUCAUUGCGCAACGUAAACAUAAGGGGAAUCACCGCUUCCUGUUUAUCUAGAGUAUGAGCAUCAUGUUUCUGCACUGGAUAUAUAGUGCUACAGAUGUACGAAAGGCUUCAUUUGUGAUUUUGCUUAGUGCUCGAUCACAGCUAACCAAAAAGUUAUAUCUAUACAGACACAGAGGAAGAUAGAGAGAGGAGUUGAACGGGAAUAAGAGAAACAAGACAAUGGCUUCAGCUGAUCAUUCGGAUGAUGGUGAUGCUAUCAUGAUGCUCAAGAGGACGUCUUUAGAAGGUUAUCCGAUCAAAGAUGCCUGCGGUAACCCAGAGCGCGUAGUCAUGACAACCUUCAGUGGGUGUGUCUACACUUGUGACCCGACAGAUGUUAGCAAACAGGAGAAUUAUGUCGAGGUGAUCUUCCCGACAUCUGAAGAGGAGGAUGAACCCGGUGUUGACAUCGUGAGCGUAUGCUGUGGUCGACAUCACUUCCUCGCCCUCUCUGCCGAUGGUCGGGUCUACAGCUGGGGUAGUAACAAUGUCGGGCAGCUUGGUAUUCGGAAGAAGAAGCAGAGAUAUGAUAACCAGAGCCAGACAACACAAGACUUCAAACCAAGAUUAAUCAAAGAACUCUCAAAGUUUGACGUCAUCCAGAUUGCAUGCGGAGACGACCAUUCACUCGCACUCACUUUAGAUGGGCGGCUGUUUUCGUGGGGUUGCAACCGUCAUGGUCAGCUAGGUGUGGAGACCAAGGGGCUCGCGAAGAGAGCAAAGCACCACGUGGAGAAACCCAUUGAAAUCGAAGGCCUCUGGGGAAUCCCAUUACAGCACAUUGCCGCUGGCGGCGCUCACUCCGUUGCUCUUUCCACUACCGGGUCAAUCUUCGUGUGGGGCAAGAAUACGCAUGGGCAGUUGGGAUUACAGCAGUUGGAUGAUGUCAAGCUACCGGUCAAGUUGUGUUCCUUAUCACAAGGCAAUGUCAAGGUUGUCUCCUGCGGAAUGCACCAUACAAGCUUCCUUAGACAGAAUGGCCAGCUGUUGGUAUACGGUAUGGGUGUAGACAGGUGCCCUUGUGAGUCUGAUGAAUGGGGCGAGUCUGAACUGAAACCUGGAGGACCCGAACGGUUCCGAACGUUCUCUUUCUUGCAAUCAACCAGUCGGUGUACAUAUGCAGUUGAAGAAAUCACCCACGAGAUCUUCGUUCUUGAUCACGAUAAGGACCAGAAGGAUGGGAAUUUACAGCUUGAACCCCUUGAAGGAGGUUCAAUGAUUGAUGUGCUUAAACCUGAAUCGCCCACUGAUUGGCCACCCGGUCGUUACGUCUUUGACCCACAGGUCUGGGAACCAUCAAGGCCUCAAGGCGAUUACGAACUCGUCGAAAGGUUCGAAGAAGGUCCCCGCAGAGAUGAUGUCGCUGACAUCAACAUUUUUGUCAGAGAGACAGAGAAGCAGGAGGAAACAAUUGCAGAGGACAACCAUGGUGAUUCAGAUGGUUGUACAUCUGAAGCUCAAGACACCGCAGAGCAUGAUACCAUAAUCGAUAGUGGAUUUGGUGGAUUUCAUGACGACCGCAAUGAAAAUGAUGAUUUUCUCGACUGCGGUAGCAGCAUUGAUGACGCGUACAGUGAUGAUGAUUCAUUUGUGACUUGUGAUCAGGAUUGUGUCAGUAUUUCCUGUGAUGGUUCUCAUGAUGUUCCGGGAGUUGGAUGGACGCAAAUUAAAGAGCAAGAUGACAUGUCAAUGAACCACGCUGAUUCAGUUGAAACAUCCCCUAAGCACAGCCAAUCCACAAAGGACAAGGAGAGAGCAGCUACGGACACAGAUACAACAGCAACUGAACUCCACAAGACUGUGCCUCUCUCAUCUGAUGCUGCAACACAUUCCAUCGCUGCCACCAAUUCUACGGGUCAAGGUGCCCUAGACCUUGCAGACACUGCUCAAGUGGGUGUAUCUGUAAAGGAUGAGCCAGCAUCACACGAUGAACACCCCGUUCCUACUGAGGACGGCAUCACUGAUCUUUCUGCUACAUUGGAUGCAAUUGCAGUCACCAACGACCAUGACUUUCCUGCGAGAGAAACGUUUGAAGAUGUAUCUGGUGAAGCUGUUGUUGGUCAGGAGAACCAUCAAAGGCCACCAAGAAUCUGGCGCCGACUAUGUCCUGGACAGGACACCCUCUUUAUCAUAGAGCAGGACGAACCGAUGAGGAAAGAUGUCCAUAUCUCAAUUACUCCGAGAAGGGAGAUCUAUACUCUAUCUGCCGAACGGCUGCAGAGUUUAAGUGACAUGGAAGAAGACGUCAAUGGAGAGGUCGCCUUAUUCAAAUAUACAAGCAUGGUGUUCGCAUCCCCCGCCUGCCUCAAUGCAUCCUUCCGCCAAACAGGACCAAACGAAGUCGAUGGUCUUAACAUUGAUCUAAAAGCAGCAAGAAGGGCGUUCGAAGUGAUCAGCAAGAACGACAAACUCCUUGAAAAGCUCUCGAAUGUGAUCUCUGUUGAUCUGUGUAACAGCGUACCUCAGUUAACACCCCACGUCGAAGCUCUUCGGUUCAUCUUUGUUUUGAUGGAAUGUCCUGUCUUCAGUAACCCUCACCGCCCCUGGGGGCGCCGUGCCCUGGCCGCUGCAGAAAGCCUGAUGGGGUUCCUUCACCAGUCAUCGCAGGCCGGAGACAACAAGUCGAACUCGGCAACACCUGCUCGAUGGUGGAAGUUCGAACCGAUGUCAUUUCGACGAACAAUCACGGCUUACCGACUGUCCCUGACAAUUCUAAUCAAUGACAGAGCACUGUUGGAUAAAGAACUGGACAACUUUCAGACUUACCUGAGAGUUCUCAGCUCCUUGAAUCAGGUUAAUCUCCAGCACGACAUUCUUUCGAUUAAGACGUUCUACGUCAAAAAUUUAGACAUAGUCAGUUUUCAGCCACUGUUGUCAGAGUUGUUUGGAAUGAACUGUGUACCUCCACCUCGACCUUUGCGGAAAUUCUCCUGGACGUCGUAUCCAUUCCUCAUUGAUUUAGAGUUGAAAACAGUAAUGUUUAAACACCAGAACAUUGAUGAACAAGAGGAUGCCAUGGAGCAAGAAAGGAACCUAGACCCAACGUUUGACAUACUUCCUUUCUUCGGGUUUCCACCACGUGUGUCUCUUCACCUUGAAGUAAACCGGGAGGACGUCUUCGGGAGCAGUGUCCGAAAGCAGUUAGCCGAGAUGCUGUGUCUCCCGAGGUAUAUGCUUCAGAAACCUCUCAAGGUCCACUUUAUGGAUGAAAUGGGCAUUGACGAGGGGGCUCUGAGUAUGGAUUUUUUCCGGCUUGUCUUUGAGGAACUUCUCGAUCCGGAAACGAACGAUCUUUUCCGAUAUGUCAACGAACUCGACAAGACUCACUCGCCUGUCUGGUUUCGAAAGGACUGUGAGGACUCGGAACUGGCCGAGAUAUGUGGUCUUCUGUUUGGGUUUUCAUUGUACAACAAGGCAAUAGUUCCAUUACCGUUUCCACAACUCCUCUACGCCAAGCUUCUAGGAAAGGGCCCUAACAGUGAUAUGGAGGAAGCAGCAGAGCUCGACAAGGAGUUCACAGAUCAGAUGUCCAAAUUACGUACUGGAACAGAAGAUGACGUGAUUGGGAGUUGCUAUGGCGAUGAGGUUAAACUGGAGGAUGGGAGGAGCGUAGAGGUUACGACAGAAAAUGUUGAUCUCUACGUGGACAACAUGGUUCGAGAGUACCUGGUUCCGUCACAGUUUGCAGCCUUCCAGCAAGGAUUCAACAGAGUCUUCAAUCCCGCCGCCUUUGCUUUGUUCAGACCUAUCGAGUUGGAGGCGCUUGUCAUGGGAGAAAAACACUUCGAUUGGAAAGCUCUUGAACAGUCGACCCAGUAUAUACAGCCAUAUACAGACUCACACCCAACAAUCAAGAUGUUCUGGAAGGUACUUCACGCUCUAGACAAUGACAUGAAAAGAAAAUUCCUCGUUUUUGUCGCGGGGUCUGAUCGCAUCCCGGUCGGUGGACUACGAAACCUAGGUCUCCACAUUGACCACCUCCAUGUACCCAUGGACGAUUUCGUGGACGAGCAACCGUACGACACCGAAGACAGACUCACCCGACUGUUGCCAGUUGGCCAUGGCUGCGAUAACCAUGGCUACCGCCGUACCUUGCGGCUGCCCAUGUAUACCAGCGUUGAACUCAUGGAAGAUCGUUUGACCGUCGCCCUGUCCUAUUACGACUGCCCAUUUCAUAUCGCUUAGGUCUACUGUAUAGGAUAUUUCUUUGUCAUGUGUUAUUUGUGAUUUUUUUAUAUUAUUUAGUUAUUCAUUUAUAUAUUUCUUAUUUAAUUUAAAGCGCGCACGUAUCCGAAACAUUCGAUCAAGGCGCGAAAAAAAUGAAAAUGCAAUUUACACAAAACAGUUUAUUGAAAAUUGAGAAAAGUAGGAGACCACCUGAAGCCAGAGCUUGAACGUGAUGGCGGCCUCAGAAAAGAAACCUUUAUGGGCGACCAAACCUGUAACCCAUAGUAUAGUCAGAAAUAUAGUCAUCAUAACAGCCACAUAAUGAAGUACAUCAUUUUUUGACUGGAAAAUUAGAGCAUUAUGGAAUAAGGGGCCCGCCUCUCCAGUGGUUUAAAGGUUAUCUUUGUAAUAGAUUUCAGUUUGUGAACUAUCAUGGACAUAGCUCAUUGAAGCAAAUAAUAUCGUGUGGUGUUCCUCAGGGUUCCGUGUUGGGACCUACACUGUUUUUGUUGUACUUAAACGAUUCGUCAAACUCAACAAAUUAUUUUAA